AUGGCGUCUUCAACUAUGAAGGCUUUGAACUACAAGGGCCCGUUCCAGGUCAAGGUCGAGGAGGUGGACAAGCCGCAGCUCGAGCAUCCAGAUGACAUCAUCGUCAGGGUCACCACCGCAGCCAUCUGCGGCUCGGACCUGCAUAUGUACGAGGGCAGGACCGCUGCCGAACCGGGCAUCACCUUUGGCCAUGAGAACAUGGGCGUCGUGGAGGAGCUUGGCACGGGCGUCACCCUUCUUCAGAAAGGAGACCGUGUCGUGAUGCCUUUCAACGUUGCCGACGGGCGAUGCCGCAACUGUGAGGAGGGCAGGACUGCCUUUUGCACGGGCGUGAAUCCCGGUUUCGCGGGUGGCGCCUACGGAUACGUCGCGAUGGGCCCGUACCGCGGAGGUCAAGCUCAGUAUAUUCGCGUACCGUACGCCGAUUUUAAUGCGCUGAAGCUGCCCGCUGGAAAGGAGCAUGAGGCAGAUUUCAUUCUUCUCGCCGACAUCUUUCCAACAGGCUGGCACGGCGUCGAGCUGUCCGGCUUCCGCCCCGGCGAGUCUAUCGCAGUCUUUGGUGCCGGUCCUGUCGGUCUCAUGGCCGCCUACUCGGCGGUCUUGCGCGGCGCAUCACGCGUCUUUGUCAUUGAUCGUGUACCCGAGCGGCUCCAGGCCGCAGAGAAGAUCGGAUGCAUUCCCAUCGACUUCACCAAAGGCGACGCGGUUGACCAGAUCAUCGAGAAGAACGGCGGCAUGGUGGACCGUUCGGUCGACGCCGUCGGAUACCAGGCUGUAGACAAGGGCGGCUCUUCGGAGCAGCCUAAUAUAGUCCUCGAAAACAUGAUCCGCGUGACUAGGGCUUGCGGAGGGCUCGGCAUUCCCGGACUCUAUGUGCCUAGCGAUCCUGGCGCACCCGACGACGCCUCUGCCAAGGGCAUGAUCAGUCUUAGUUUCGGAAAGCUCUUUGAGAAGGGCCUCUCUCUCGCCACUGGCCAGUGCAAUGUCAAAAAGUACAACCGCUACUUGCGCGACCUCAUCAUCUCAGGCAAAGCCAAGCCCAGCUUUGUUGUGUCUCAUGAAAUUGGCCUCGAAGACGCCGAGUCAGCCUAUGACAAGUUUGAUAGGCGCGUGGAUGGCUAUACUAAGGUCAUUAUCCACCCAAACGGAGGAUUUUAA